AUGCUAAAUACAAAUUCAAAUUAAUUUGUUCAUUCCAAAUUAAUAUACGCAUGUGCCAUAUCUCCUAAAAGUACUAUAGAUAAUUAGAGAAUUAUUUUGGGGACUAUUGGCUCAGGAGGAUAAUAAAUUAUAUGUAACCAAUCAAUUCAUCUAUUUUAUAGAAUUGCAAUCUGCUCAAGAAGGCUAUAAAAUUAAAACCUAUCAUUUGCAUAAUGCAUUCAGUGCUAAAUUAUUAUUUCUCAAUCAAAAUGAAGGAAGCGAAAGAUUUGUAUCUGCCGGUGAAAAACUUUAAAUAUUUAAAUCAGAAGACUAAAAAAUCAGUCAUAUUUGUGACUUAAUGCCUUUAAGCAAGGAGUAUGUCGGUCCUACAUUCGCCUUAGAUUUUCAUUACGAAUAGCAAAAUAGAUUAAGUAUAGAUUUUAUCAUAUCUCACUUUUAGUCUCUGGUUCUCUGGACCCUACAAUAAGAAUUUGGGAUCUUGAAAAGAGAAAGUGCCAAUAUCAGUUUAUUGCUUAUGACAUAUCCAAAGAGCCGGAUUAAUACACUCUAGAUUUGAAUAUAGGUCGUGAUACAAACAUCUUAGCAUUCCUGAAUAAUUAUAACCAAAUUGGAAUCUACGAUAUCAGAACUAAAAUGGGUCUGCACAAAAUCAAAGGCAAAUUGUAGUAUAAUCAAGUGAUCUGGAAUAAAAAAUAAGAUAAUAAUUUGAUUGCCAUAGAUUAUGAGGCAGGUCUUAUUGAUUUUUAUGAUACAAGAGAUUUUAAAAAUAAAUAUAAAAGAAUCAGAACUGAUCAUAGAUAAAUUGUCAAAGCUGAAUGGUUUUAGGAUAGAAAGUAUUUAAGCAUUUUAAUAAUUAGUUCUUUGAUUACUGCAGGAUUGGAUAGAUAAAUUAUUCUUUACGAGGGUGACAAAUAUCUGGAACCUUGCUUUGGAUUAACUAAAAAUUAUGAUAUAGACAAUUUCUGUUGUCAAAACAAUCUAUUUGGAGUUGUCUCUGAAUAUUCUUUCGAAGUUUUUAGUUUUGAAACCUAAUGA